CGACUGCUGUCAAGUCACGACUGGUGGUACAACGUCCGUUAAUCAUUUUUUCCCAAUCUUUCGCAAUACUAAUCAUGUAGAAUCCCUUGCACUCUCCAACAAGGAAAAGUUGUUCGCUUUGGGGCUUUUCUAAUUUUCGCUUUCCUUUCGCCCAUAAAAGGCGACAGCUUUUAUAUAUCACGUGCAUCUCGUCGCCAUCUUUCUCCCCUCUCUACCUGCUGUUGUUGUGUGCUGGGCAUCGGCAAGUAUAAAAACCCUCGGCGUCUGUUUUCAUUUUUGCUGGUGCGCUCGACUGUGUCAGACGAAUAAGCGACGCUGUACAGUGUACACACUCUCUCCCAAAAAAAUGCUGAGACUCGCGUUGAUUUGCUUUUCUGUUUGUUUGCUGGUGUCCUGGUACCCUGUGCAACCCGCUGCAGUUUUGGAAUCGGGGGUUAGAGUGACUGAUGCCGCCAAGGUAGUCAUUGAUAAGAUCAAGGCUGGCAAGGAAUUCCGCUACGGCGUAUUCUUCGUCAAAAACGAGACAGUCAUUGAUCUCGAAUCUACUGGUAGUCGUACGUCCACCUAUAAUGACUAUCUGAAAAAUCUGAAGGUCGUCAAACCGACGGGUAAAGAAUGCCGUUAUGGGGUUCUCGAUUUCGAAUUUCAAUGCAAGUCUUCUGCGGACAAGAAGAGAGACAAACUGGUGCUAAUGUCUUGGUGCCCUGAUGACGUUAAAGUCCGAACGAAAUUCAUUCACGCCGCGUCCGUCGAAGGCAUGAAAAAGGCUAUAACGGGAAUCUCUGCAUUCGUUCAGGCAAGCGAUGAUGAGCAAGCGUCCCAGGUAGAGGUUCAAGAUAAGCUCACGAGAACGGUGACUGCAUGCUAACAACACUCCGGCUGAUGUUUGUGUUUUUUUGUUGUGGAAAUAAUCAAAACUUUAUGCCUGUUGCUUUCUUCGAUAUAAUCACGCAUUUUUUUGUCGCCGGGUUUGUUCACGAAAUACAACUGGAAAAUAUACAGAAACCAAGACUAA